UUGUUGAUGUUGGUGUGGCGUAACAAAGAGGUCUAUUUAAUCCACGUUAAAUAAUAAGGUUUUAAUAUAUCAAAAUAAUAACAAGAAUGUCAGAUAAAGGAGAGGUGGAUUUAACUGGUGCAAAACAAAACACUGGUGUCUGGCUGGUCAAAGUAAGUGUGUACGGCUAGCUAGAGCUAAUGCUUAUAGAUAAUAUUUCUCCUCUAUUAGCAUUUGUUUCAUGUUGUUUUGUUGUUCAUUCUAUAGAUUCACCAUCUACAAAUACCGUGCAAACCCAGAUUAUUUGUUUGAACGGCUUUGCAGUGUGCAUUAUGAUUUGAAACUGAGUUACAGUGUAUUUUGAAUGAGUUAUUUUCAGGCCUGGAAAAGUCAUGGAUAUCAUUACAAUCUUAAAUCCAGGCUUCGGCUAGAAAUGAGGCUACACUUUGUCCCAAAGUAUUUGUCACAACAAUGGGCCAAAGCAACAUGGAGAGGAGAAGUUGGAAAGCUCCGCAUUUGCAAGAAUCAAGGCAAGGCAGAGGUGUCCUUCACACUCAAUGAGGAGCUUACCACCAUAGACACCAUAGGGGAGAAAUCCUCUGUGGUACGUGCCCCCAGAGAACAUCCAUUCACUCUGCAGACUGUUGGUGGACAGACCCUGGCUGUUUUUACAGAAAAUUCUUCAGGGCAGUCAGAUGCUGAGGCCAGCGGCUCAGGUACAGGUCCAGACAAAAUUGCACUGGAAGGAUUGGUGGUGCAGAGAGCUGAAUGUAGACCGGCCGUUAGUGAGAACUACAUGAGGCUUAAGAGACUGCAGAUUGAGGAGUCGUCUAAACCCCUUAGGUUCUCUCAACAGCUCGAUAAGGCUGUUACCACCAACUACAAACCUGUGGCUAAUCACGCCUAUAAUCUGGAUUAUGAGAAGAGGAAGAAGGAAGAAGGGAAGAGGGCACGAGCAGAUAAACAGCAGGUGCUGGACAUGCUGUUCUCUGCAUUUGAGAAGCAUCAGUAUUAUAACAUCAAGGAUCUAGUGGACAUCACAAAACAGCCUGUGAUUUACUUAAAGGAGAUUCUUCGGGACAUUGGCAUUUACAACGUCAAAGGCACUCACAAGAACACCUGGGAGCUCAAACCGGAGUACAGACACUACCAAAAUGAAGAGAAGAGUGACCAAGAGUGAUCACAUCGAGAGUCCAUGGACC